AUGGCGAGACUACGAAAACGCACACGAGCCACGGUGCUCUCACUUCUCCUCGCCCCCGCCCACGCCGCUUCCAACCCCUCCGUCUUUGCACGGCAAGAAACAUGCACCGCCGACGGCUUCUCCCCCUGCGGCAAUGGUCUCCCAGGCAAUUUUUGCUGCGGGACAGGGACAAAGUGCAUCACCCUGGCCGGGAACACGACCGUGCUCUGCUGCCCGGAAGGAAGCACCUGCGAUAGAAUCUCGCCUAUCACCUGCAACAUCGAACUGCAGGACGCCGCGACGCAUCCCGAUGCACAGAUCAAGACAACAGCUCUCACCGGUAAGCUCGCCACCUGCGGCGUCGACAAGUGCUGUCCCUUUGGGUACACCUGCAAUCAGAACCAGCAGUGUGUGGUAGACCCGGACCAGACCAAGAAGCCCGAAAUCGUGUCCACCUCCAUCCCCGGCCCAACAUCCACCGGCGCCGCCCCGACCGUCAUCCCUACUGUCAUCCCUACCGUCAUCCCUACCGUCAUUCCCACCACCAUCGCCGCCAGCGCAACUCCCGACAACGUCAACAACAACGGCAACGACAACAACGCGGACGGCAGCACCUUCCCCACCGCCAUCGUUAUCGGGGUCCUCUGCGGCGUGCUGGCGGGUGUAGGUCUCGGCGUUGCCCUCCUUCUCUUCCUCGCCCGCCGCCGCCGCCGCAACGCUCCGUUCCAAAACGAGAAGAAGCGCAGUGGCGCCCCGCGGCCCUCGACGUCAACCUCGUCCUUUGGCAACAUCAUCUCCGACCCCAUCCCCAUAUCCGACUCCACCGUCCGGACCGACUUCAUCCUCAAGACCCCGUCCACAGUCAACUCCCGCGGGUCUACCACGUUCCCGACUCGUUACGGAGCCGGCGGCGCCGGUUACCACACCCGACUCUCAUCGACGGCGACGACGCUGGCGCACCAGCCCAUCGGCCUCGCCCGCAGCGACUCCGCACCGCGGACGCCGCCAAACAAGACGCCGGAGCGCGGUGUCCCCGUUCCACCUAUCCGCGGCAUGCGCCCCAACUCCGGAUCCCGGCGAUACCACCCUUCAAGUGUCCCGAGCCCGCUCUCCCCGCCGAAGCCUGGGUACAUCACGCGCGAGCCGAGCAGCGAGAGCAUCAACGUGUUUGCAGACCCGCGGACCGUCGGGGGCGAGAGGCCCGGGGCGAAGAGGAUGACGACGUUCACCGACAUGAUGGAGGAGGCGGAGCUCGGAGAGGUGAGGAGGGGGAAACCCUACGUUCUGCAGACGCCGCAGAUGCCUUCGAAGAUGAACCAUGUAAUCUGA